GUUUCCCCAGUCCCGCGCAAUUCCACUCUUUUUUUGAGUCUCUCUCUUAGCCAUCCCUUCCCACCCACGCAAUGUGACCCCGUAUCCGAACUCCGCAACUGUAGCAGCCGGUGCCCUCGCCUAAAUCGCCUCUGCCAGAAAGUUGGCUUGCCAUUUCCCCGCGACAUUGCAGGCGUCCUUCUAAGCCACGAACUGGAAGGGAAGUGAGCGGACAUUUGAGUUGUAAAUUCGUUGCCUUCCAUGAAAUCGUGCGGAGUGUCGCUUGCUACUGCCGCCACUGCCUUCAGUGAUGAGGAAAAGAAAAUGGCGGCGGGAAAAACGAGCGGCGAGGACGAAGAGGGAUCCCCCAGCUUGACAGCUGAAGAGAGGGAGGCGAUCGGAGAACUGGACAGCCGCCUCUUCGGGUUUGUGAGGCUCCAUGAAGAUGGCGCCAGGACGAAGAUCUUACUAGGCAAGGCUGUUCGCUGCUACGAAUCUUUAAUUUUAAAAGCAGAAGGAAAAGUGGAGUCUGAUUUCUUCUGUCAAUUAGGUCACUUCAACCUCUUAUUGGAAGAUUAUCCAAAAGCAUUAUCUGCAUAUCAGAAGUACUACAAUUUACAGUCUGACUACUGGAAGAAUGCUGCCUUUUUAUAUGGCCUUGGGUUGGUCUACUUCUACUACAAUGCAUUUCAGUGGGCAAUUAAAGCAUUCCAGGAGGUGCUUUACGUUGAUCCAGGUUUUUGCAGAGCUAAAGAAAUUCAUUUACGUCUUGGGCUUAUGUUCAAAGUGAAUACAGACUAUGAAUCUAGUUUAAAGCAUUUUCAUUUAGCUUUGGUUGACUGUAAUCCUUGUUCUUUGUCUACUGCUGAAAUUAAAUUUCAUAUUGCCCACUUGUAUGAGACCCAGAGGAAGUAUCAUUCUGCCAAGGAUGCCUAUGAACAACUUUUACAGACAGAAAAUCUUCCUAUACAAGUAAAGGCAACUAUAUUACAACAGUUAGGUUGGAUGCAUCAUAAUGUAGAUCAUCUAGGAGAAAAAGCAGCCAAAGAAAGCUGUGCUAUCCAGUAUCUUCAAAAGUCAUUGGAGGCAGACCCUAAUUCUGGCCAGUCUUGGUAUUUCCUUGGAAGGUGCUAUUCAAGUAUUGGGAAAGUUCAGGAUGCCUUUAUAUCUUACAGGCAAUCUAUUGAUAAAUCAGAAGCAAGUGCAGAUACAUGGUGUUCAAUAGGUGUGCUCUAUCAGCAACAAAAUCAGCCUAUGGAUGCUUUACAGGCCUAUAUUUGUGCCGUACAGUUGGAUCAUGGGCAUGCCGCAGCAUGGAUGGAUCUAGGCACUCUCUAUGAAUCUUGUAACCAGCCUCAGGAUGCCAUUAAAUGCUACUUAAAUGCAACCAGAAGCAAAAGUUGUAAUAAUACAUCUGUACUUGCAGCAAGGAUUAAGUAUUUACAGGCUCAGUUGUGUAACCUUCCACAAGGUAGUCUACAGAAUAAAACUAAAUUACUUCCUAGUAUUGAGGAGGCAUGGAGCCUACCAAUCCCCGCAGAGCUUACCUCCAGGCAGGGUGCCAUGAACACAGCACAGCAGGCUUGUAAACCUCAUCAUGCGAAUACCGAACCUGAAUUAGGCCUCAGUCAAACACCAGUUUCACAGCAAUCUUUGCCACUACACAUGAUUACUGCUAGCCAAGUAGAUGGCCUAUCCAGUCCUGCCAAGAGGAAAAGAACAUCUAGUCCAACAAAGAAUAGUUCUGAUAACUGGAAUAGUGGCCAUAAUGUUCCACAUCCUUCAGUACAGCAACAAGGUUAUUCAUGGUGUUUUACACCACAGAAAUUGCAGCACUUGGAACAGCUACGUGCAAAUAGAGAUAAUUUAAAUUCAGCACAGAAGCUGAUGCUGCAACAGUUGGAAACUCAGUUUGUCAUAAUGCAGCAACACCAAAUGAAACAAACAGGAGUUGCUCAGGUACAGUCUACUGGAAUUUCUAACGGACCAAUAGCUGACUCAUCACUGCCUACAAAUUCUAUCUCUGACCAGCUACCACAUGCUGCUCUUCAUAGAGUACCUAGUGUCGUCUCUCAGCCUGGAACUCGCCCUGCCUGUCUUGGGCAGCCUUUGUCCAGUGGACCUUUUUCUGCAGGCUGUGUUCCAUGUGGCACAUCAAAAACCUUAGGGAGUACAGAUACUAUUUUGAUAGAUAAUGAUUAUGUAACAAGAGGAGGAAGUAAUGGAAAUGUGCCUUACCUGCAGCAAAACACGUUUACUCUACCUCAUAACCACACAAACCUGACCAGCAGCACAGAGGAGCCUUGGAGAAAACAGCUGUCUAACUCCACUCAGGGGCUUCAUAAAUGUCAGAGUUCAUGUUUGGCAGGUCCUAACAGUGAACAACCUCUCUUUUCCCCUGGGCCUUCCCAGUAUCUCCAGGCAGUUGGCAGUUACACUCAGAAUGGACACCCUACUGUGCCUAGCAAUGCAGUAACACAGGCGGCUGCUGUCAGUCAUCUUUCCUCUCAUAUCGCUACCUCAGGUGGACAACAAGGCCUUGCCUUUACCAAAGAGAGCAAGCAUCCUGGAAAUACAUCUUUGUUGCCUGAAACAAACAGGCUUGCUGGAGAGACACCUAAUGGCCGUGCCAGUGUCAAGGGACUUUCUAAUCAUGUCCAUCAGGUAACAACAGCAGGUGCUGUUUCCAGUCCUGACCAUGGAGAUUCUGCAUCACCAAAUUUACUAAUUUCAGACAAUCCUCAGCUACCUACCUUGUUGAUUAGAAAAGCCAGUGACAUUGUGGAUACUGGAACCUGUGAUAAAGUCAAUAACAUCCACCCACCUACUCAUACAAAGACUGAAAAUUCUGUUGCCUCUUCACCAUCUUCAGCCAUCUCUACGGCAACACCUUCUCCGAAAUCCACUGAGCAGGCAACUCACAAUGUUACCAGCCUUAACUGUUCUCACAAUGAGUUAAACACAAUUAAUGGAGGAGAGCUGAAGGACUCACAGAGCUCCAUAAAAACAGACCUGCCUCUGGUUAGCUACAAACCCAGCUGUCAGAUUAUACCGUCAAUGUCUGUGUCUAUAUACCCCAGCUCAGCUGAAGUUCUCAAGGCUUGCAGGAAUCUUGGUAAAAAUGGCUUGUCAAAUAGUACUAUAUUGUUGGAUAAAUGUCCACCUCCAAAACCACCAUCUUCACCAUAUCCCCCCUUACCAAAGGACAAGUUGAAUCCACCCACACCUAGUAUUUAUUUGGAAAAUAAACGUGAUGCCUUCUUUCCUCCAUUACAUCAAUUUUGUAUAAAUCCAAACAACCCUGUUACAGUAAUACGUGGCCUUGCUGGAGCUCUUAAGUUAGACCUUGGACUUUUCUCUACCAAAACUUUGGUAGAAGCCAACAAUGAACACGUGGUAGAAGUGAGGACACAGUUGUUGCAGCCAUCGGAUGAAAACUGGGAUCCAACUGGAACAAAGAAAAUUUGGCGUUGUGAAAGUAAUAGAUCGCACACUACAAUUGCUAAAUAUGCCCAGUACCAGGCUUCCUCCUUCCAGGAAUCACUGAGGGAAGAAAAUGAGAAAAAGACUCACCAUAAAGACUAUUCAGAUAAUGAAUCCACAUCUUCAGAUAGUUCUAGAAGAAAGUGGAAAGUACCUUUUAAAACCAUAAAGUUCGGAACCAACAUUGACCUCUCAGAUGACAAAAAGUGGAAAUUGCAGCUUCACGAGCUCACUAAACUUCCUGCUUUUGUACGUGUGGUAUCAGCAGGAAAUCUUCUAAGUCAUGUUGGUCAUACCAUAGUGGGCAUGAAUACGGUUCAACUGUACAUGAAAGUUCCAGGGAGCAGAACACCAGGUCACCAAGAAAAUAACAACUUCUGUUCUGUUAACAUAAAUAUUGGUCCAGGUGAUUGUGAAUGGUUUGUUGUUCCUGAAGAUUACUGGGGUGUUCUGAAUUACUUCUGUGAGAAAAAUAAUUUGAAUUUUCUAAUGAGUUCUUGGUGGCCCAAUCUUGAAGAUCUUUAUGAAGCAAAUGUUCCUGUAUAUAGGUUCAUUCAGCGACCUGGAGAUUUGGUCUGGAUUAAUGCAGGCACUGUGCAUUGGGUUCAGGCUGUUGGCUGGUGCAACAAUAUUGCGUGGAAUGUUGGUCCACUUACAGCCUGCCAGUAUAAAUUGGCAGUGGAACGCUAUGAAUGGAACAAAUUGCAGAGUGUGAAGUCAGUAGUACCCAUGGUUCAUCUUUCCUGGAAUAUGGCACGAAAUAUCAAAGUCUCAGAUCCAAAGCUUUUUGAAAUGAUUAAGUAUUGUCUUCUGAAAAUUCUAAAGCAAUGUCAGACAUUGAGGGAAGCUCUUAUUGCUUCAGGAAAAGAGAUUAUAUGGCAUGGGCGGACAAAAGAUGAACCAGCUCAUUAUUGUAGCAUUUGUGAGGUGGAAGUUUUUGAUCUGCUGUUUGUCACCAGUGAGAGCAAUUCUCAAAAGACCUACAUAAUACAUUGCCAAGAUUGUGCACGAAAAACAAGUGGAAAUCUAGAAAAAUUUGUGGUGCUAGAACAGUACAAAAUGGACGACCUGAUGCAAGUCUAUGACCAGUUUACAUUAGCUUCUUCAUUAUCAUCCUCCUCAUCUUAAUAUUUUUUCAUGAAUAUUAAAUGAGACCUUUUCUGCUCUUCAGAAAAGUUCUGAACCACUGGUCUUUGUAACUGUUUCCUAAAACUGAUGAUUAAAAGCUCUUUCUAUGCAACCUUCCAAGUAUAGCGUGUUCAGCCUUCUGGAUAGGGGAAAACAGUGCCCCCGCUCCAAGACUCUCAUAAAGCUCAUCCAGCCGAACUUCAGAAAAAAAAAAAUGCUGUAUUUUGUAUAUAUUUGACAAAACUGGCAAUGUCGUACUGACUACUGACUUGAAGAAAACUUUUUUUAUGUUUCUCUGCUCUGGGCUGAUAAAUUAGUGUUCAUCAAUAUUUUGUCCUUUAAGAGUUUUCCUAUGAAAAAAUAUUACCCUAGCUGGUCAUUUCCUUGUAUGAUAGUCAAUAAUUUUAAGUCUUUCUUUGACAAACCUUUUUUUUUCCAUGUGAAAAAUUAGGAGACAAGUUUUUUUUUUUUACCACUUUGUUUUUCUUUGUUUUGAGGCCACGAUGU